AAGAAUCACUGGCGCCAUCUUGUGCUAGUUCGAAUCAUAUUUAUCAGAGAAGAAAAGUACCAAGUCUGGCCACCAUGGAUACGGAAACCCCGCCGCUGCAAGACCAUGACUUCGUCAGCUCGCAGUGGGUUGACAUGGGAGGAUAUGCGGCUACUCAGCACCAUCAGUUGACGGACUUCACUGGAUUUCAAUUCGGCUCGUCACCCAUCAUGCCAAUUGAACCCGCAUAUAGCAUGUCCAUGCCUCAGCCGUAUACGACACAACACCUGAUCCCGCUCACCAUGUCCUCUCAAUGGCCGAGCAUGCUGUCUACGCAGCCCGGUUUUGCGCCAAUGCCAGUUGCGCCAAUGCCAAUGACUCCAAUUCCGCCGCAAAUACAGCACGUUCAAACGCCACAGCUGUCGACACCACCUACCCCACGAAGAACUUUGACCGACGCUGAGCGCCGACGCAUGUGCUUCUGCGAAAUCACGCUAAAGAUUCGAUACUCCAAAACGGGCAAUCGCACGAUGUUACCCUUGGAUCGGGAAGGGGUUGCCUCUUUAGAGUUGAUACUAUUGCUAGCAUAUGCUGGGGAUGAGGUUGUUGUCGUUGACGAUGAUGAGGAUGAGACACGAAACAACCCCAAAGCCACGAACCGAGAUGCAACAUAG